AUGAAAAUAUUAAAUAUAUUAUUAAUUUUAAUUAGUUUUAUAUAUAAAAUUAAAGGAGAAAUUGAUUGUGUUACACAUUCAAAUGACCCAAGUUGUGUUAAUUAUGAAUAUCCAAUAUUUAAUAUUAGAGUAGAUAUUAACCGUCUAUGCUCUAGUAUGCCAUACAUGCCAAUUUGUUCAAUUCAAAAAUCAUGUAAACAAGUGAGAUCUUCAAAUGGUACUUGUGAUGAAUUUUCAAUACUCGGUGAUAGUUGUACCCAUGAUAUGCCAGGAAUGAGUGGAUGUAAUAACUUUAAAAAGUUAUGUUCAAAAGAUUCUGUUAUUAAACAAUGUUCAAGAAUACAAUCAAUUAAAAAUCUCCCAAAAACUAUGGAUAUCUUUUCAAGUAUUAAAAGUAUUUGUAAUGAUAUGGCAAUGGAUGGCUGUGAAAAAUGUACAAAAUUAAGUCCAAGCUGUGCUGUACUUCCAAUUUACUCCUCUUUGUGUCUUCAAAUGGAAGGUAUGUCACAAUGCUCAAAUUGGACUAAAAUGUGUAGUCCCUCAGGUAAUCUUUUAAAUUUACCAAUUUCAUCUGGAAUUUGUAUUUAA